UUCGUGUAGAAGCGCCGACGUCUCCCCCUACACUUUAGUGGUUCGCUCCGCUGAGUGGUGGGCGGUGUUUUCCCCUCAGAGCGCUGCGGCUCUCGUGCUGUAUACAGCGUUGCUGCGGUGAUUGUCUCGCGGACGUACCGAGUACGUUGAGGCGGACGGAGAAACGUAUUUCUUGGAAUGCUACAAGACGCGGAGGACGUCGUGUCGUGAAGUAACCGAAUAAGCGGCCGGAUUUCUGUUUCUCGUUCGGCGGCGCUGGAAGCAUGUAGGGAAACAGCCUGCUGGAGGGUCUACCGUGUAACUGGUUAAUUACGAUGGGCAAUUAAAGCGUCUCCCUGGACGGACGUCAGGCGGGCGAGGGUCCGGCCCAGCCUGAAGCAUGGAGGAGAGCUGCAACGAUCGGGCCAACCGGGCCCAUGGCCUGUUCGACCGCUUUGUCCAAGCCUCCACCUGCAAGGGGACCUUGAAGAGCUUCCAGGAGCUCUGCGACUUCUUGGAGCUGAAGCCUCAGGAGUAUCGCACCUUCUACUGCAAGUUAAAGUCCAGUCUGAACUACUGGAAAGCCAAAGCCCUGUGGGCUAAAAUAGACAAGAGGGGCUGUCACCGUGACUACAAGAAGGGGAAAGCUUGUGCCAACAGCAAGUGCGUGAUAAUCGGGGCUGGCCCCUGCGGCCUGCGCACAGCGAUCGAGCUCAGCCUUCUGGGGGCCAGAGUGGUGGUCUUGGAAAAGAGAGAUGCCUUCUCUCGGAAUAACGUCCUGCACCUGUGGCCCUUCACCAUCCAUGACUUGCGUGGCCUCGGGGCCAAGAAAUUUUAUGGAAAAUUCUGUGCCGGAGCAAUUGAUCACAUCAGUAUCCGGCAGCUGCAGCUCAUGCUCCUGAAAGUCUGUCUGAUCCUCGGCAUCGAGAUUCACGUGAAUGUAGAGUUCCAGGGUCUGAUUGAGCCGCCAGAAGACCAGGAAAACAAGCGUGUUGGUUGGAGAGCAAAAGUUCAUCCCAAAGACCACCCGGUGUCAGAAUAUGACUUUGAUGUCAUCAUUGGAGCUGAUGGGCGAAGGAACACGCUGGCAGGUUUCCGGCGCAAAGAGUUCCGUGGUAAGCUGGCGAUCGCCAUCACUGCCAAUUUCAUCAACCGGCACACAACAGCAGAUGCCAAGGUGGAGGAGAUCAGUGGCGUGGCCUUCAUAUUCAACCAGAAGUUCUUUCAGCAGCUAAGAGAGGCGACAGGAAUUGACCUGGAAAACAUCGUCUACUAUAAAGACGACACUCACUAUUUUGUCAUGACGGCCAAGAAGCAUAGUUUGCUGGAGAAGGGGGUCAUCUUGCAGGAUUACGCCGACACCGAGAUGCUGUUGUCCCGCGCCAACGUGGACCAGAAGGCGCUGCUCAGCUACGCCAAAGAGGCCGCCACAUUCUCAACCAACCAUCAGCUACCUUCCCUCGAUUAUGCCAUCAAUCACUACGGGCAGCCAGACGUGGCCAUGUUUGAUUUCACCUGCAUGUACGCGUCUGAGAACGCGGCGCUUGUUCGUGAGAGGAACAGUCACCGGCUGCUGGUGUCCUUGGUUGGGGACAGUCUUUUGGAGCCUUUCUGGCCCAUGGGAACUGGCAUAGCACGUGGCUUUCUGGCCGCCAUGGACACGGCUUGGAUGGUACGGAGCUGGGCUCAGGGUGCUAGCCCGCUGGAGGUGUUGGCAGAAAGGGAGAGUAUUUACCGUCUUCUCCCGCAGACCACCCCGCAGAACGUGAGCAAAAACUUCAACCAAUACAGCAUCGACCCGACCACUCGGUACCCAAACGUCAACCUGCAGUUCCUUCGCCCCAACCAGGUGCGUCACCUGUAUGCUACCAGCGAAUUGAAGGAUCUGAACAUACAGAAUGGGUGCCUUGUGAACUCGCGCACGCCCAAACUGGGGAGGAAUGAAUCCGUCGCCCGCUCCAGCAAGCUCCUCGGUUGGUGUCAGAAGCAAACAGAAGGAUAUUCGGGAGUGAAUGUUACGGAUCUCACCAUCUCCUGGAAGAGCGGUCUAGCCCUUUGUGCCAUAAUCCACCGCUUCCGUCCAGAGCUCAUAGACUUCGACUCUCUUGAUGAGCGCAACGUUGAAAAGAACAACCAACUGGCCUUUGAUAUCGCUGAGCGGGAGCUGGGGAUCUCCCCCAUCAUGACCGGGAAGGAGAUGGCUUCCGUGGGCGACCCGGACAAGCUGUCCAUGGUUGUCUAUCUCAGCCAGUUCUACGAGAUGUUCAAGGAAACCCCCAACUCUGAAGAUGCCGCUCAUGGUCAGGACGAGAAAGCGGCCCUCCUGUCCAACACAAAGUCCCCCAUGUACUUUCUGAGUAAGCUGGGACAAACCAUAUCUCGGAAACGCACUCCUAAGGACAAAAAGGAGAAGGAAAUGGACGGAAAAAGAAGAAAAACAAGCCAGUCAGAAGACGAGGACGCUCUGUGGACACAGCAGGACGAACGGCCUUCGGUAGCGAGUGCGUCAACCGAACGCCGUAUGGACACCGCCGUAGGCAACCAGAACAAGGUGAAAUCUAUGGCAACGCAGCUCCUGGCCAAGUUUGAAGAGAAUGCCCCGGCCCCCAACGCCGUUCUUCGCAAGCAGAAGCCUCUCUUACCCUAUCAGCUGCGUUUGCAAAACCAGCCCAUUCACAGAAAGGCAGAGCCUCAGUGGAAACAGCCCAGGGAUAGCGAGCGUUCGCGAACCUGCCCUAAAAAGAUCAUCACUCUGUACACGGGAUCCUCGCCUGCUCCUCGCCAUGUUAAGACUAUCCCGGUGUCUUCCAGUAUCCGUUGGGAGCCGUGCUGCCCCCCGGAGAGGCUUGACUAUGAGCCUUCCCCUCGCUCUCCAGUCAACCAAUGGCAGCAGAGCUCCGCCCUGCGCGCCGCUGAGCGGCCCGCCUCCCCCUCGUCAGACUCCCUUCGACAGAGGUAUAUAAAGAUGUAUACGACUGGCGUGAGUUCAUUAGCUGAGCAGAUAACAAAUCAGCUUCAAAAGAAGGAGCAACCCAAACCCCUGUUUGGGAAGAAAGUGGCGUCCUUCAGGAAGGAGUUCCCGCAGAACGUGGGUGGAAGCGACGUGUGCUUCUUCUGCGGCUGCCGCGUCUACGUGAUGGAGCGGCUGAGCGCCGAGGGGAAGUUCUUCCACCGCACCUGCUUCAAAUGCGACUACUGCGGCACCAUGCUGCGCCUGUCCAGCUACGCCUACGACCUGGAAGACGGAAAAUUUUACUGCAAACCUCAUUACUGUUACCGGCGUUCCGGAUUCAGCCAACUCAAGAAGCCGGCCGCCCCUGCGCUUCCCUGCAAAGAGGCUAAAGGGGUAGACAAGGAUAUCCCAGAUGCAGAAGAACCAGGACGAGCUUCAUCGUUGCCCCCGACUGCCGCCGAGAAGACCCCAGGCCCCAGCAUGAAUGGCGUCGAGGAUCACAAUGUAAGCAAACGCCUGCGAGCCACGCCAGAGCGCAUCGAGCUGGAGAACUACCGCGUGUGCCUGCAGCGCGAGGAGCUGGAAGAAGUGCCCGAGGAGACCCUGGCCGAGCAUAAUCUGAGCAGCCUUAUGGAUAAAGAAGGGGAGGAAGCGGAAGCAGCCAGCAGCAGCUCCGAGUCCGAGAUGGACGAAGACGAGGAAGAGGAAGAGGAGGCUGAGGGACACUUGCCUUCCUCGGACUUGGGUGGAGUGCCUUGGAAGGAGGCCGUGAAGAUUCACGCCAAGCUGAAGGGGAAGAGCGCGGAGCCGGUGGAGGAAAAGGAACCCGCAGAAGAAGAGGAAAGUGAGGAGGAGGAGGAGGAUGAAGAUGAGGAAGAUGAGGAAGGUUCUAGUGAAGAGGGUGAGUAUUGCCCUUGGGAGAGAGAACUCCAGCAGGGUAUGUGGCUCCAGCGUCUCUCAGAUGAAGAUACAGUCGGUACAUUUAAAGCUGGGAACCUCAAGCUUCAACAAGCCUUGUGCCCCGUGGACCCCUUGGAGAUUAAGGCGGACGUCCACUGGACACAUGUCCUCAGUGUUCAGGAGGAGCGGGAAGGGGUUAAUGCGGAGGGAGGAGAUCUGAGUGUGUCUUCCCCUUCUAAAGAGCUUAAUCUUCCCUCCCACCAUCAUGAUCCCGUAAGAGCGUGGCUGGAAUCCAUUUCUGGAGCUCCGUGUGAGGAAGGAGAAGCAGAGGAGGACGAGUUGGGCACAGGUCCUGCAGAAGCUGAAGCAGGAAUGGAUGGGGAUACCUCUGCAGACCUUGGUGAUGAUGAUGAUAUUCCGUCGGACGCCGAGGCUGCUGAGAGAUUCCCGCAGUCCGAGAAGAUGACGUUGAAACUGGAUUUAGACGACGAGCCCCCGUUUGUGCUGCCGAAGCACGACACAUUUUUUGGCCGGGUCACAGCAACUCCAGAUGACAGCAUAAGGUCUGUGAUCCAGACUCCAAGGGAGGAAAAAGAAAAGGUUCCUCUGGUGUCUCCUCUGGAGCCAAAGUCUGCUCGGGAGAGAUUCUUUCAAGAUCUCCUCUUGCCGGAAACCACCAGCGCCAAAGCAGAGUCUCCGGUGGAGGUUAAUAAGAAGACACCUCUUUCUCCGGUUCGCUCCCAGCCGAUAGCGUCACAGGAGCUUGUUGUACCCGUGUCACCCGUGAAACCUCCGUCCGUCUUACCUUCUGCAAGGUCACUUCAGUCGCCGACGGUCCCUAUUUGCUCGCAGCCUUUGCCAUCCACAGAUGUAGCCAUCACCACUCCUGCCAAGCCACCUGUAUGUCUCCAGCCAACUCCUGUUAUCACGUCUACUCCUCUGGCUAAGCCGCCCUUUACGGACGCUGUCAGGGAAGCUGAGAAACCGACCAGCCCCAACGCAGAAGAGGCGCUCAAGCGCAUUGACCUCAUCGAGGAGUUCUGGAUGAAGAGCGCAGAGAUCCGACGCAGUCUAGGGCUGACCCCUGUUGAUAGAAGUCAGACGCCGGAAGUCAGCUUCCCUGCUGUUGUGUCCACUACUCCUAAAACAGAGCUUUCGAAGCCCAGCGCUGAAGAACUGAAGUCUCCUGUGAAGCCACAACUUAUUCCCAGGAAACUCAAUCCAAACAGGCUAGAUAUUGACUUACUUUCGCCUCUGACCCCAAUAUCACCUUCUGAUAAGGAGCUGAAGAGCUCAGAAGGGGAGAGGAAGGACAUUUCCACCAGUUCUGGCUUGGGUCUCAAUGGUAGCCACUCAAACACCCGCACUGCAGGCAGCGAAAGUUUCAACACUUCAGACUCGGCCAUGCUCACGCCUCCCUCCAGCCCUCCUCCUCCUCCACCACAAGGGGAAGAACCGGCUACUCUCCGCCGAAACCGGGCAUCUUGGCAGAAUGCGCCAGAGUCGCUUCCACCGCCUGCCCGUGCCAAGGCCAAGUCUCCUGAAACUCCACAGCCUGCGUCGACGGUCGAAGAUGUGCGAAAGUCUUUUGUCGAGAGUGUGGACGAGAUCCCGUUUGCGGAUGAUGUCGAGGACACGUACGAUGAAAGGACGGAUAACUCCAGCCUCCAGGAGAGAUUUUUUACCCCUCCGACCAGCCUCGUCAAACCAAUGAGAAAAGGCGUUGGUAAGGAAAAUGGCGGACUUCCGUCCUCGCUGGAGAGGGGGCAUCACAGAAAGAGAGAACUCCCACAGGUCACUCCAGAGGCCAAGGAACGAGCCGAGGAGAGGAUGAGGGCAAGGGAGAAGUCUGUAAAGAGUCAGGCCCUGCGGGACGCAAUGGCACAGCAGCUGGACAAGAUGAAGCAUCUUCCAACUACGUCAGCUGCCGCGUCAUCUAAAGGGUCAUCCACCAUACUUGCCAGCGAACUCUACUCCGAUGUGCCCAAGACCAGAGUUAAACCUGAUGCACCCACUUUGAAACUAGAGAGCCCGAAUGAGCCGCUGCUUUCUCCUCCAGCUGCCGAAGGCUCCGUCACCUCAUCGGAAGGUUCGGGUGGCAAACCCAAAAAGAGACCUUCGAUCUUCUCUCCGCGUAAGAAGGAGAAAAAAUCAAAGGGAGAAGCCGGUCAACUUUCCGAAAAGCAGGAAGAUGGCACCAAGCCCAAGUCAUUAUGGAAGUCUGUCUUCUCUGGAUAUAAGAAGGAAAAGAAGAAGAAGACGACGGCAGAGGACAAGUCUUCUCCGAGUACCCCUUCUAGCAGCACCACUGUGGACUCGGGGAAAGGCAAAGUGGCCAAUAUGGCUCGCGGAGCAGAUCUUGCCUUUAGACGUCACUUGAGCUUCUCUGAGGACUCUGACGUGUCCAGCGACGACGUUCUUGAGAAAUCAUCCCAGAAAUCCAAGAGGGAGUCGGUGUAUGUGCCUCAUGCCUUGGCUUUCAGGAGAUCGUACUCAUCAAAGAAAACCUACACUGAAGAAGAACUGAACGCCAAGCUCACAAAACGAGUCCAGAAGGCCGCCCGCCGGCAGGCGAAGCAAGAGGAGCUGAAGAGAUUACACAGAGCACAGAUUAUUCAGCGUCAAUUAGAACAAGUGGAGGAGAAGCAGAGGCAGCUUGAAGAACGAGGUGUGGCGGUUGAGAAAGCCCUCCGCGGAGAAGCAGACUAUUGGGGAGAGUCAUGUUACAGUGACCUCAUCGAUUUGCAUCUGGGUGUCGAUCCCUUUGCUGGGACUCCACGCCGUAGACCUCUCUCCUUCUGCCCUUGCUGUGCACACGAAGGCAUGAGUAAGAAGGAUGAUCCCAAACUGAUGCAAGAAUGGUUCCGCCUGGUGCAGGAGAAAAACACACUCGUGCGCUACGAAUCCGAGCUUAUGAUAUUCGCCCGCGAGCUGGAGCUUGAAGACCGGCAGAGCCGCCUGCAGCAGGAGCUGCGCGAGCGCAUGGCCGUGGAAGAUCAUUUAAAGAGCGAACAGGAGCUGGCGGACGAGAAGAGAAUUUUGAACGAGAUGCUGGACGUGGUGGAGCAGAGGGACGCCUUGGUGGCUUUGUUGGAGGAGCAGAGACUUCGCGAGAAGGAAGAGGACAAAGACCUCGAGGAAGUCAUGUUAUCUAAAGGUUUCAACCUGAAUUGGUCCUGAAAACGCCUCGUCCUCCUCCUCUUACU